AUGGUGGGUGUUCGUAUGGGUGGAAGAAGAGCAUUGUUCAUUUUGGCUCUUCUCUUUGGCUUCUUAGCAGCCUUUGCUUCUGCUAGACCUUCUAAGACCGUACAAGAGGAUUUGGCUGCUCCUUCUGCUGAUCAAGGUCCAACCCAUGUGUGUCAUGCUUCAAGAUUUUCUGAUCUUGGUCUUGACAUGGCAGAUUAUAUCUACUGCGACUCUUCUCUGCCAUUCGAUGUCAGGGCCAAGGACUUGGUGGACAGAAUGACUUUGACCGAGAAAGUCAACCAGGUCGGGAAUUGGGCCACUGGAGUGCCAAGAAUUGGACUUCCCAAGUACCAGUGGUGGUCAGAGGCACUCCAUGGUGUCUCCAAUGUUGGUCCUGGAACCUUCUUUGAUGACACCAUUCCUGGCGCUACAAGCUUCCCUACUGUCAUUCUCUCUGCUGCUGCCUUUAAUCAGUCUCUAUGGAAAUCCAUUGGCCAGGCUGUUUCGACGGAGGCAAGAGCAAUGUACAAUCUGGGGAAAGCAGGAUUGACAUAUUGGAGUCCAAAUAUUAACGUGGUGAGAGAUCCCAGGUGGGGAAGAGCCAUUGAGACUCCAGGAGAAGAUCCUUAUGUGGUGGGUAUAUUUGCUACAAAUUACGUAAGAGGAUUGCAAGAUGUUCCAGGGACUGAAAACACAACCGACUUGAACUCUAGACCUCUCAAAGUUUCCUCUUGUUGCAAGCACUAUGCUGCCUAUGAUGUCGAUGCCUGGAAGGGAGUUGAUCGCUAUCACUUUGACGCAAGAGUGAGUGAGCAAGAUAUGAGGGAGACAUUCCUUAGGCCGUUUGAGAUGUGUGUUAAAGAUGGCGACGUGAGCAGUGUCAUGUGUUCCUAUAAUCGGGUUAAUGGAAUUCCUGCUUGUGCUGAUCCAUAUCUUCUCAAGAACACUAUCAGAGGGGAAUGGGACCUUCAUGGAUAUAUUGUCUCUGAUUGUGAUUCUAUUGAGGUAAUGUAUGAUGAUCACAAAUGGCUUGGUGACUCAAAAGAGGAUGCUGUUGCACAAGUUCUUAAAGCAGGAUUGGAUCUUGACUGUGGAGACUACUACACCAAAGCUCUUGGAAACUCAGUGAGGCAAGGAGAAGUAAAGGAGGCCGACCUUGACAAGUCAUUGAAGUACCUAUAUGUGGUUCUUAUGAGGCUUGGAUUUUUUGAUGGAAGCCCUCAAUUCAACAGCCUUGGAAAGAAUGAUGUUUGUUCAGAUGCUAACUUGGAGUUGGCUACUGAAGCAGCCAGAGAAGGAAUUGUACUAUUGAAAAAUGAUGACAAAACUCUCCCUUUGAAGUCUUGUGACAUCAGUAAAAUAGCAGUUAUUGGACCCCAUGCAAAAGCAACCUCUGCAAUGAUUGGAAAUUAUGCUGGCAUUCCUUGCGGAAUUGUUACUCCAUUUGAUGGUAUCUCCAAGUAUGGAGGAGAAGUCACAUCUGAAAAGGGAUGCAGCGACGUAGCUUGCAAGGACGAUAGUUUGAUCUUUUCAGCCAUGAAUGCUGCAAAGAAUGCUGAUGCUACUAUUCUUUUGGUGGGUUUGGACUUGUCUGUGGAGGCUGAGAGCUUGGAUAGGAAUGAUCUUCUCCUCCCAGGUUACCAAACUCAAUUAAUCAACCAAGUAGCUGAAUCAUCUUCAGGUCCUCUAGUUGUUGUGAUUAUGUCAGCCGGUGGGAUCGACAUAAGCUUUGCCAAGAACAAUCCUAAAAUUAAAGCUAUUCUUUGGGCCGGAUAUCCUGGUGAGAAAGGUGGUCGCGCCAUUGCUGAUGUUAUCUUCGGAAAAUACAAUCCAGGUGGAAGAUUGCCUCUUACAUGGUAUGAAGCUGGUUAUGUGGACAUGCUGCCAAUGACAUCCAUGCCACUAAGGCCUGUUGAUAGCUUGGGUUACCCUGGAAGAACAUACAAGUUCUUCAAUGGCUCAACGGUAUACCCAUUCGGGUAUGGCCUUAGCUACACAAAUUUCAGUUACAGCGUUACAUCCCCUGCAACUUCAGUGAAGAUAAAACUAAACAAGUUCCAGCAUUGUCGCAACGUGAACUACUCAGAACAGGCCACUAUCAACAAUUGUCAUGCUGUGGUGAUUGAUGACCUCGAAUGUGGAUAUAAAUUUGGGUUUGAAGUUGCUGUCGAGAAUAUUGGGAAGAAGGAUGGAAGUGAUGUUGUCAUGGUUUACUCGAAGCCACCGGAGGGAAUAGUUGAUACUCACUCGAAACAAGUGAUUGGCUUCGAGAGAGUAUUUGUGAAAUCAGGAGAAACCAAGAAAGUGAAGUUUGAGUUUGAUGCAUGCAAGAGCUUGAACAUAGUUGAUACCUCAGGUUACAAUCUUUUGCCAUCCGGUGGGCAUAUAAUCAUGGUGGGAGAUAAUGUAAUCUCAUUCCCAGUUCAACUCAGUUACAAUUAGCUAGAGGCCUAGUUUUGCCAAUAAG